CUCCAUGUCUCUGGGGGGGUCUCUCCAGGUCCAUAUGGAUCUCUCCAGGUCUCUGGGGGUCUCUCCAGGUCCAUGGGGGUCUGUACAGAUCUGUGAGGGUCUCUCCAGGUCCAUAUGGAUCUCUCCAGGUCUAUGGGGGUCUGUACAGACCUAUGGGGGUCUGUACAGGUCCAUAUGGGACUCUCCAUGUCUAUGGGGAUCUCUCCAGGUCUAUGGGAAUCCCUUUUGGGGGGGGUUGAUGCCUUUUGGGUGGAUUUGAUGCCUUUUUGGAGGGUUUGAUGCCUUUUUUGGGGGGGUUGAUGCCUUUUUGGAGGGUUUGAUGCCUCUUGAGGUGGUUUGAUGCCUUUUUGGGUGGGGGGUUGAUGCCUCUCAGGAGGAUUUGAUGCCUUUUUGGGAGGUUUGAUGCCUUUUGGGGGGUGUUUGAUGCCUCUUGGGGGAGUUUGGUGCCUUUUGGGGUGUUUGAUGCCUCUUGGGGGAGUUUGAUGCCUUUUGGAUGGGGAAAAAACAGAUUUCCUUCCUCCCAUUUGUGUUUAAACACCUUUCAAACCAGUUUUAAGUCUCCUUCUGGUCUCCUUUCACCCUCCCACCCCUCGCUGGGAGCUGCUCUGACCCUUUUCUCUCUCCCCAGAGCCAAACUGGGGGUGAAAACAGCCCCAGUUCCUUCCUCCUGCUGGAAUAAAAUGAGUUUUUGAGCACUCACAUAGUAACUUGGGGCCAGAAACGUGCAAUCAGGGGGUGCAGGAGGUGUCUGGGGGGGAGAGAUUGGAGGUCUCCUCCCUCCUCAGCUGAUAAAAGCUGGCGGGGGCUGAGCCACGACUGAGCUUUUGCUGAGCCUGUGCCAGAGAAGGUGGGGAACAAACCCCCAAAAGGGGGGAAAAACACCAAAAGAGGGGAAAAAAAGACCAAAUAGAGGAAAAUCAAGCCCAGACAGAGAAGCUGGUGGAGGAAAAGCAGCUGGAGAGACCCUGAAACGGCGCCAGAGCCACUGAGGAAAAGGGAGCGUGGUGGGGGGUUGUGAUGACGUUCCUCCUCAAACCACGACCACGCACGUGGGACCUGGGCCUGGACUAUCAGACAGUGAAAGAGUUUGAAGUGGACGUCACCUUGGAUCCAGCCACGGCAGGUCCAGAGGUCAUCAUCUCCCAGGACCUCAAAGAAGCCACCUGGGGUAAACCUGGACAGUGGUGGCCCAAGGGCCUGGCUCAGUUUGACACAGACCCCUGUGUGUUGGGCAGAGAAGGUUUCACCUCGGGCUGUCACUACUGGGAGCUGGAGGUCAAAGGACGUUUCUGGGCCGUGGGGGUGGCCAGGGAGUCUCUCCAGAGGAAAGGACGAGUCCUCUUCAAGCCCAACACGGCCAUCUGGGGCUUGCAGAAGUAUGAUGAGCUCUGUGUGGCCCUCACAGCUCCUUCCAACACUUCCAUCCCCCUCCUCAACGGGGACAUCGGGGUCUACCUGGACUACGAGGUGGGACAAGUCUCCUUCUACGCCGUCGGCAGCCGGCAGCUCGUCUUCACCUUCCCCGUGGGUUCCUUCAGCGGAGAGAGGCUCUUCCCCUACUUCUGUGUCCUCCUCUCCACCAUCAAACUCUCCCCCAAGGCUCAAUGAAGCAACCUGUGGGGUCCCCCCCAAAGCUGGGAAGAGGUUGGAUGCUCCUCAGCUCUUCCAGAUCUUGGAGUCAUCUCCAACCUCCAUCUCCAACCUCCAUCUGUUGGCUCCUCCAUGUCCAACCUCAACUAGAGACCAUCUCCAACCUCCAUCUCCAACCUCCAUCUCCAACCUCCAUCUCCAACCUCCAUCUCCAACCUCAACUGGAGACCAUCUCCAACCUCCAUCUCCAACCUCCAUCUGUUGGCUCCUCCAUGUCCAACCUCAACUAGAGACCAUCUCCAACCUCCAUCUCCAACCUCCAUCUCCAACCUCCAUCUCCAACCUCAACUGGAGACCAUCUCCAACCUCCAUCUCCAACCUCCAUCUGUUGGCUCCUCCAUGUCCAACCUCAACUAGAGACCAUCUCCAACCUCCAUCUCCAACCUCCAUCUCCAACCUCCAUCUGUUGGCUCCUCCAUGUCCAACCUCAACUGGAGACCAUCUCCAACCUCCAUCUGUUUGCUCUUCCAUCUCCAACCUCCCUCUCUUGUCUCCUCCAUGUCCAACUUGGCCUGUGAUCCUCCAUCUCCAGCCUACAACUCUUGUCUCCUUUGUUUCCAACCUCAACUGGACAUCCUCCAUGUCCAACCUCCAUCUCUUGGCUCCUCCAUGUCCAACCUCAACUGGAGAUCAUCUCCAACCUCCAUCUCCAGCCUCUUAUCUCUUGCUUCUUCCACCUCCAACCUCCCUCUCUUGUCUCUUCCAUGUCCAACUUGGCCUGAGAUCCUCCAUCUCUGGCCUCCUCCAUCUCCAGCCUCCAUCUCUUGCUUCUUCCACCUCCAACCUCCCUUUCUAGUCUCCUCCAUGUCCAACUUGGCCUGAGAUCCUCCUUCUGCAACCUCCAUCUCUUGCCUCCUCCAUCUCCAGCCUCCAUCUCUUGCCUCCUCCAUGUCCAACCACCAGUUCAUGGUUCUACCUCACCUCAGAUGGCUCCAGUUGGGGAUUUUUUGGGGUUGUUCCACUCCGCCAACGCUCAUUAUCAGGAGUUGACCUUCACCCACCUGCUUUUGACCUGAAAUCUUGGGGUUUCUCCCCAAACUCACCCCUCUCUGAAGGUUCUUUUCCCCUCAGCAUCCACAUUUCCCUCCCCAAACGUUUCAGACCCCUCAGUUUUGGUGUUUACACCAGUCUCUACCUCACCAUGAAGCUGAUUUUGGCAUCACAACCGUGUGCUCACUCCCCCCUCAAUCCCCUCUCCCCCUCCCACAUUGUUUAUCCCAUCAAUUAACAUGCAGUUAAUUAAAACCAGCCUCUGAUUAGAACAAAAGCAUCUUCCUGCUGUGUUUUUGACCCUCCCAGGGCCUCCCUGACCCCCCAACAUCAAUGUAUAGACACACACACCCCCAUAUGUCCAGGUGUAGGUGCCAGUGAGUGUGUGGAGCCUGUGGUGUGUAUGUACAGGCUGUAAGUGCCCUGUGUACACACAGCAUGGGCCAGAUACACAUCAGAGAGACACUAAGCAGAGGGAGGGGGCUGUGGAGACAUGAGAUCUAGUGCUGUAGCUAUAGAUACAGCAUGUCUAGUACAUCUAUAGCCUAUAUAUAGUGAGUCUACUGUGGAUCCACUAGAUCUGGUGCUAUGGCUCGAGGCACAUUGGGUAAAUACCUGUACUCUGGUGACAUUCUGUACAGUGACAGCUACAGACACACUGUGUAAAUACAUAGACUCAGACUCUUUAUGUGAAGGCACAAACUCUUCCCUUUCCCUGUGUGUGUGAAGCCCCAAACUAUCUUUUCCUUCCCUAUAUCUGAAGCCCCAAACUCUCUUUUCCUUCCCUAUAUCUGAAGCCCCAAACUCUCUUUCCUUUUUAGGUCUGUGAAGCCUCAAACUCUUUCCCUUUCCUGUAUGUGGAGCCUCAAACUCUCUUUUCCUUCCUUGUGUUUCUAAAGCCCAAACUCUCUUUUCUUUCCCUGUACCUGAAGCCCCAAACUCUCUUUCCUUUUCCUUUAGAUGAAGCCCCAAACUCUUUUCUUUCCCUGUGUUUGUGAAACCUCAAACUCUUCGUUUCCUGCAUGCAGAGCUCAUCUCUCCCUCUUUGCAUCUGCAUGCUGUGUGUAGAGCUUGUCUCCUCAUUGCAUCUGCCUGCUGUGUGCAGGGUUUGUCUCUCCUCAUUGCAUCUGCCUGCUGUGUGCAGGGUUUGUGUGCAGGGCUUGUCUCCUCAUUGCAUCUGCCUGCUGUGUGCAGAGCUCAUCUCUCCUCAUUGCAUCUGCAUGCUGUGUGUAGGGCUUGUCUCUCCUCAUUGCAUCUGCCUGCUGUGUGCAGGGCUUGUCUCCUCAUUGCAUCUGCCUGCUGUGUGCAGAGCUUGUCUCUCCUCAUUGCAUCUGCAUGCUGUGUGCAGAGCUUGUCUCCUCAUUGCAUCUGCCUGCUGUGUGCAGAGCUUGUCUCUCCUCAUUGCAUCUGCCUGCUGUGUGCAGAGCUUGUCUCUCCUCAUUGCAUCUGCAUGCUGUGUGCAGAGCUUGUCUCCUCAUUGCAUCUGCCUGCUGUGUGCAGAGCUUGUCUCUCCUCAUUGCAUCUGCCUGCUGUGUGCAGAGCUUGUCUCCUCAUUGCAUCUGCCUGCUGUGUGCAGGGCUUGUCUCCUCAUUGCAUCUGCCUGCUGUGUGCAGAGCUUGUCUCUCCUCAUUGCAUCUGCAUCCUGUGUGCAGAGCUUGUCUCUCCUCAUUGCAUCUGCAUACUGUGUGCAGGGCUUGUCUCUCCUCAUUGCAUCUGCCUGCUGUGUGCAGAGCUUGUCUCUCCUCAUUGCAUCUGCCUGCUGUGUGCAGGGCUUGUCUCUCCUCAUUGCAUCUGCCUGCUGUGUGCAGGGCUUGUCUCCUCAUUGCAUCUGCAUGCUGUGUGCAGGGCUUGUCUCCUCAUUGCAUCUGCAUGCUGUGUGCAGGGCUUGUCUCCUCAUUGCAUCUGCAUGCUGUGUGCAGGGCUUGUCUCUCCUCAUUGCAUCUGCAUGCUGUGUGCAGAGCUCAUCUCUCCCUCUUUGCAUCUGCAUGCUGUGUGCAGAGCUUGUCUCUCCUCAUUGCAUCUGCCUGCUGUGUGCAGGGCUUGUCUCUCCUCAUUGCAUCUGCCUGCUGUGUGCAGGGCUUGUCUCUCCUCAUUGCAUCUGCCUGCUGUGUGCAGGGCUUGUCUCUCCUCAUUGCAUCUGCAUGCUUUGUGCAGAGCUUGUGUGCAGGGCUUGUCUCUCCUCAUUGCAUCUGCCUGCUGUGUGCAGAGCUCAUCUCUCCUCAUUGCAUCUGUGUGCUGUGUGCAGGGCUUGUCUCUCCUCAUUGCAUCUGCAUGCUGUGUGCAGAGCUCAUCUCUCCUCAUUGCAUCUGCAUGCUGUGUGCACAGCUUGUGUGCAGGGCUUGUCUCUCCUCAUUGCAUCUGCAUGCUGUGUGCAGGGCUUGUCUCUCCUCAUUGCAUCUGCAUGCUUUGUGCAGGGCUUGUGUGCAGAGCUUGUCUCCUCAUUGCAUCUGCAUCCUGUGUGCAGAGCCUCUCUCUGCCUCUUUGCAUCUGCCUGCUGUGUGCAGAGCUUGUCUCUCCUCUUUGCAUCUGUGUGCUGUGUGCAGAGCCUCUCUCUGCCUCUUUUGCAUCUGCGUGCUGUGUGCAGAGCUUGUGUGCAGAGCUUGUCUCUCUCCUCUCUGCGUGCUGUGUGCAGAGCUUGUUUCUCUUUGCAUUCACGGAUGUGACUAAGCCCUUGGAACGCCUCCAAACCUCGGGUGUUUCUGGUAUCCUUUGUGCCCUGCAACGUUCAGCUGCUCCUCCACCCCAGCACGGAAAGUCCCCUUAGCUGCCGGUUCCUCUCUUCCCUCAGCCUCUCCUCCCUUCCAACCAUGGCACCGCUGCUGAUGCUCCCCCAGGAGCUGCAGGCCAACCUUGUCCCAACGUCACCAUCAGCGUUCGCCGUGGCCUCAUCACCAUCCCCAUCAACUCCACCUCAACCAUUGUCCUCAAGAAAUGGAUGAGCAGCCACUGGGAAGAGCUUUUUGUGUGCCCUGGCAAGUGCCACAAAUACUCCAGCCAGAACUACAUCCUUGUCCAUCUGUCCCAGGGGGAGCUGCAGCUCAGUGGUGCCUCAGCUGGUCAUUACCGAGUGGACAAGAGUUUGGAUGACUCUUGCUUGAUGCACAUCUACCUGGAUGACACAACUCUACCUCCACCUGCCACCUAUGCACGAACUCCCAGAGCCACAGCAUCUUCAGGCUGGGUUGUUCUGGUGGCCUUGGUGGUGGUGUGGAUCUUCACCAUCACCUAGAAGAAGAGUUUGUGACCUAAACCACAGCCAGGAAGGGACAAAUGGGGCUUUUUGGAGGGGACAGAACACCAGCCUGGCUGCAGACUCAGCAUCUGAGUGUUGCAACACCCUCCACUGCCCUUUUUUUUGGAUCAAAAAGCACUUUUUUCCCCCCAUUUCAAACUUGAAUCGAGUUCUCCAAACCAGUAUUUAAGGGGGGAGGGGGGGAAUCAUCACUUUGGUUGGUUUCCCCCCCCCCCAUGUUUACACUACAGUUAUUUAUGACUUUUUCUAUGCUUUAAGGUGCAAAAAUAAACCCAUUUUCUUCUA